AUGCCUUACUCCCUCAAAGGCAGAAAUGUCCUUGUUACUGGUGGGUCGGCUGGCCUAGGCGAACUCCUAAGCAAAACCUUCGCCGCCGCAGGCGCAAACAUUGCGAUCAACUACUUUAACCGCGCGGACCGGGCGCACGAGGUGCAGCGCGUGUGUGAGGGGUAUGGGGUGCGGUGUGUUGUUAUUGGGGCGGAUAUGACGAGUACGGUGGAGGCGAGACGGGCGGUGCGGCAGACGAUUGAGGGUUUGGGGGGGAUAGAUGUUGUUAUUGCGAAUGCAGGAUGGACGCGCUUCUCCGACUGGAAAGAUUUGGAUUCCAUGAGUGAGGAGGAGUGGGAUAAGUGCUGGUCCGCAAACGUCAAAGUCCCCAAGGCCCUCCUCGCUGAAGCCCAGACUACGUUCAACGCAAACCCAGAUGGCGGUUGUAUGAUUACAACGGGGAGUAUAGCUGCCCUCGGACAGGGCGGCUCCAGCAUGCCGUACAGCAUCACAAAGGCCGCGCAGCUGCACUUGGUCAAGUGUCUGGCUGUGUCCGUGGGACCGCGGAUUAGAGUGAAUACCGUGUUGCCGGGUUUAUUGCUUACGGAGUGGGGCAACAAAUACCCAGCUGCCAAAAUCGCAAGCCUCAAGGAGGCCGCGGUGCUCAAGCACGAAACGUAUCUCGAGGACACGGUCGCUGCGUUUAUCAUGUUGGCGCAGAAUACGAGUAUGACGGGGAUGCGGAUUCAGGUGGAUGCGGGGUUGAAUGUGCAGGGGGCUUGA